AGGCCAUGGCACAAAUGCAUUCUUUUUUGAUCGAAAAUGCUAAGUCUGAGCUUAAUUUUGCAAGUUCAAGACUAAGUCAAGAGGAAUUUUUAUUAAUUUUCAAUCAAAUCGCAAUUGCUAUGGACGAAGAUACCGACAUGUUUAAUGAAGAUUAUUUUUUUAUUUCUAACGAACAAACAGAAGAAAAUUUAGAAAUUAAUAGUGUUAGUAACGAAAAUAUAUUAACUUUAGAAAUUGAAAAUUUUAUAAAUUUAUCAACAAAUUUAGAUUAUAAUGAAUUAUCUAAUGUAAUUGAAGAACAGGUUGAACACGGAGAUAAAGAUUUUGAUGUUAAUGAUUUACUUGAUAAUUAG